CUGAUUCUUGAGCGACCGUGAGCGAGGGGGUGAUACCAUGUCCCUGGAGGCGAUUCGCUACUCUCGGGGCUCUCUAGAGAUCCUCGACCAGCUGCUCCUGCCCCAGCACAGCCGCUACGAGGCAGUGGGCUCGGUGCGCCAGGCCUGGGAGGCCAUCCGCGCCAUGAAGGUGCGCGGCGCCCCGGCCAUCGCGCUCGUGGGCUGCCUCAGCCUCGCCGUGGAGCUGCAGGCGGGCGCGGGGGGACCGGGACUCGCCGCGCUGGUGGCUUUCGUGCGCGACGCCCUGGGCUUCCUGGUCACCGCCCGGCCCACCGCCGUCAACAUGGCCCGUGCUGCCCGCCUCCUGGUCGAGACCGCAGCCCUGGAGGCUGAACGCGAGGGCGCCACGGAGGAGGCGGUCCGGGAGAGAGUGAUCCGCUGUGCCGAGGACAUGCUGGAGAAAGACCUCAAGGACAAUCGGAGCAUCGGGGACCUAGGAGCCCGCCAUCUCCUGGAGCGGGCAGCUCCUGGGGGUGGCAAGGUGACUGUGCUGACCCACUGUAACACUGGCGCACUGGCCACUGCUGGCUAUGGCACAGCUCUGGGUGUGAUCCGCUCACUGCAUACCCUGGGCCGUCUGGAUCAUGCCUUCUGCACAGAGACGCGGCCCUACAACCAGGGAGCCCGGCUGACUGCCUUCGAGCUGGUGUACGAACAGAUCCCCGCCACCCUCAUUGCCGACAGCAUGGCAGCAGCAGCCAUGGCCCACCGGGGCGUGUCAGCUGUCGUCGUGGGAGCCGACCGGGUGGUUGCCAACGGUGACACCGCCAACAAGGUGGGCACCUACCAGCUGGCCAUCGCUGCCAAACACCACGGCAUCCCCUUCUACGUGGCUGCCCCCAGCUCCUCGUGUGACCUCCAUCUGGAGUCGGGCAGGGAGAUCGUCAUUGAGGAGCGCCCGGGGCAGGAGCUGACUGAUGUCAAUGGGGUCAGGAUUGCAGCCCCCGGCAUUGGGGUUUGGAAUCCUGCCUUCGAUGUCACCCCCAACGAGCUCAUCACCGGUGGCAUCAUCACAGAGCUGGGGGUCUUCACUCCUGAGGAGCUCCGGGCGGCCCUAAGUACCACUGUCUCCUGAGGGUAGGGACCCUAGAUGGACCCCAGAAGCAAUCAAUCUCACUCUCCAUAUCCUGCCCCCAUUCCCUUAGGUUUUAUAAUAAACUUAUUGAAUGGCUUGCCCCUAAA